CCCUGACACAGGGACCUGGACCCGCUCUGCCCGGCCAGAGGCAGACAUGGUGCCCCUGCUGCUGCUGCCCCUGCUGUGGGGGGGGUCCCUGCAGGAGAAGCCAGGCUUUGAGCUCCGAGUGCAGCAAUCUGCGACAGUGCAGGAGGGUCUGUGUGUCCACGUGCCCUGCUCCUUCUCCUAUCCACAGUAUUGGCAGUUUCCCUCUGCCAAACUCUACACCUACUGGUACCGGCACAGGUACAAUAAAAACUAUGGUGAACUUGUUGCCUCGAACGAACCGAAUAAACCACUGGAGAGAGAGACCCAAGGCCGCUUCCACCUCGCGGACCCCACGACCAACAACUGUUCCCUGCAAAUCAGAGACGCCAGGAGGAGUGAUGCAGGAAUAUACACCUUCCGAUUGGAGAUAAGAGAUCCUGGAUAUAAGCCCCUGGGAUAUAAUUACCAAGACAAGAUGCUGUAUUUGCAGGUGACAGCCCUGACAGAGAAACCCCACAUCCGUAUUCCGGAGCCUCUGGAGUCCGGCCGCCCCACACAGCUUACCUGCAGCCUGCCCGGGGCCUGCGAAGGGGGACGACCUCUCACCUUCUCCUGGGCGGGAGCCGCUGUGGACUCGCUGGACUCCCGGACCCUCCGCUCCUCGGUGCUCACCUUCACCCCGAGGCCCGGGGACCACGGCACCAACCUCACCUGUCAGGUGAAAUGGGAACAGCCUCGGUUGACCACACAGAGAAGCAUCCAGCUCAAUGUCUCCUAUGCCCCAGGGAACCUCACCAUAGACGUCUCCUUCAAAAACGGCACAGCCUUUAAGAUUCUGCAGACCACUUCCCUUUCCAUCCUGGAGGGAGAGGCCCUGAGGCUGCUCUGUGUGGCUGACAGCAACCCCCCUGCUGAGCUGAGUUGGUUCCGGGGGUCCCCAGGCCUGAACGCCACCCCCAUCUCCAGCACCGCGAUCCUGGAGCUGCCUCGAGUGGGGCCUGCACAGGAAGGAGAGUUCACCUGCCAAGCUCGGCACCCGCUGGGCCCCCAAAGUGUCUCUCUCAGCCUCUCCGUGGCCUACCCCCCGCAGCUGCUGGGACCCUCCUGCUCCUGGGAGGACCAGGGUCUGCACUGCAGCUGCUCCUCCAGGGCCCAGCCGGCCCCCUCCCUGCGCUGGCGGCUGGGGGCGGGGCUGCUGGAGGGGAACCAUGACAACGCCUCCCACGCGGUCACCUCCAGCUCAGAGGGGCCCUGGACCAACAGCUCCCUGAGUCUCCGCUUUGGGCUCAGCCCUGACCUCAGACUCAGCUGCGAGGCCCUGAAUGUGCACGGGGCCCAGAGCACCUCUGUCCUGCUGCUGCCAGGGAAGGCGGUGCCCCAGGCGGGAGUGGUUCCUGCGGCUCUUGGAGGUGCUGGUGCCAUGGCCCUGCUGUCCCUAUGCUUGUGUCUCCUCUUCUUUUGCAUAGUGAAAGCCCGCAAGAGGCAAGCAGCUGGGAGACAAAAGGUCACGAAUGAUGAAGACCCGGUCAUGGGCACAGUCACCUGGGGUUCCAAGAAAAACCUCCAGCCAGAUGGGCCCCCAGACCAAGCAUCACCUGCGGAGAAGGGCCCUCUGUCGGGGGAGCAACAGGAGCUCCACUACGCCAACCUCACCUUUGAAGGCAUGAAGCCACGGGAGCCUCGGGACCAGGCGGCCACCAGCACCCACGAGUACUCAGAGAUCAAGCGCACAGGCAAAUGAGGACUCGCUCUGAGCACGGUCCUGGCCAGAGGCAUCACAGUCCCUCAGUGGCAGGGAAAGAAGUCCAGGACUCCUUGCUGAAGCAUGAGGAGACCUCGUGGCCUGAUUAACAUGAGCAGGUGGAUGAGCAUCCCCAGGCAGAGCAGAAAGCAGGCGGGUGAUGGGCCGGCUCUCUCCUGUCCACCUGCACCUGUGCUUCAGGUGAGCUGCGCCGUGAUGCUGUCUCUCACCCUCCCGCUCCCUCCAGAAUGUCACUUCCUGGAUCCUGGCACAUUGUCUAAGGCAGUGAUGGGCAACCUUUUGAGCUUGGUGUGUCAAACUUUGCCAAAAAACUGAGCAUAACUCGGGUAGUGUGACACUUUGAGGAAAAAACUAACUCCAAGACUCUAGUCGCAAAUGUUUCAUCCUCAGGAACAGCAAAUGUUUCAUCCUCGGCAUGCGGCCGCAUGUCAUCAGAAAUGGCUACGCGUGUCAGUGCUGACACGUGUGUCAUAGGUUCGCCAUCACUGGUCUAAGGUCUGGGUUUUCCAAUAAAUCCCGUCUUCUCAUAGUUCUCUGGGUGGCUGUCUCCCGGAUUGCACCGCGACUGAUGAGCAAUGACAAAUGACACAGACUACAAUUUAGACUCUGGGUAGUCUUCUCCUCCUCCAGGUAUAUUUACUGUGGCCUGUAGCAGGUGGGUCACUGCGAUCCCAUCAAGGACUGAGGGAAUUCAAAACUCGGCUUCCGGCCCUAUUGCGGCUCAUCUAUUUUCAGUCCUAACCACAAGAUGGCGAUGUUUAUGGCGGCCCCUCCCCCUUGGUAAGACCUCUUUUCGGGCCCCAUGAGAUUCUUCCUCUUCUUCUUCCACCUUUUUAUUGAUUUCAGAGAGGAAGGGUGAGGGAGAGAGAUAUAUAAACAUCAAUGAUGAGAGAGAAUCAUUGAUCAGCUGCCUCCUGCGUGCCCCUUACCGGGGACUGAGACUGCAACCCUGGGCUUAUGCCCUUGAUGGGAAUCAAACCCAAGACCCUUCAGUCCUCAAUCCUGAAGAGAUCUGAGCUUGUUCGAAAUUCCAUCCUAAUAAGAUCCCAUUUACUUUUUGGCUCUAUCUGCUGAGGCAAACCGGCUAGGGCCCCAUGAGAUUCUUGAAUGUUCUACUUAGCUUCUCUGUGACUGCUCAGAAUCAGCAGUCUAUUUGAAUAAAAAAGUGGCUCCAAA